AUGUGGGCACGGCAAAGGGGGCAGCGGGCGUGCUCCGGUCAUGGCAGUCCCCAGAGAGACCCCAAGCUGGACCUCCUGGUGCAGCCCGGCCCGGCCGAGGCCCGCGACACCUCGGCCCUGCUCCGCGUCCGCGUCCAGCCCCUGCGCAAGGACGAGCAGGCCAAAACCUACGUCCUCUGCACCCAACGCCGCCCCGGCCAACCCUGGUUGCCCCACCAAGGCCCCGACGGACGGAUCGUGGUGCUGGAGGAGAAGAAGUCGCUGUUGCCCCUUUGGCUGCAGGUGAUCCUCAUCGCCGGGCUGCUGAUGCUGUCGGGGAUGUUCAGCGGGCUCAACCUGGGCCUGAUGGCGCUGGAUCCCAUGGAGCUGCGCAUCGUGCAGAACUGCGGCACCGAUAAGGAGAAGCGUUACGCCCGUAAGAUCGAGCCCAUCCGCCGGAAGGGGAACUAUUUGCUCUGUUCCCUGCUGCUGGGGAACGUGCUGGUUAACACCACCCUCACCAUCCUCCUCGAUGACCUCAUCGGCUCCGGCAUCGGUGCCAUCGUCGCUUCCACCAUCGGCAUCGUCAUCUUCGGGGAGAUCGUGCCCCAGGCGCUCUGCUCCCGCCACGGCUUGGCCGUGGGCGCCAACACCAUCGUGGUCACCAAGUUCUUCAUGCUGGUGACCUUCCCCCUCUCCUACCCCAUCAGCAAGCUCCUCGACUGCAUCCUGGGCCAGGAGAUCGGCACCGUCUACAACCGGGAGAAGCUGGUGGAGAUGUUGAAGGUGACGGAACCCUACAAUGACCUGGUGAGGGAGGAGCUCAACAUGAUCCAGGGAGCCCUGGAGCUCCGCACCAAGACGGUGGAGGACGUGAUGACCCCGCUGCAGAACUGCUUCAUGAUCAACAGUGACGCCAUCCUGGACUUCAACACCAUGUCGGAGAUCAUGGAGAGCGGCUACACCCGCAUCCCUGUCUACGAGGACGAGCGUUCCAAUAUCAUGGACAUCCUCUACAUCAAGGACCUGGCUUUCGUCGACCCUGACGACUGCACCCCCCUCAAAACCAUCACCAAAUUCUACAACCACCCCGUCCACGUCGUCUUCCACGACACCAAGCUGGAUGCCAUGCUGGAGGAGUUCAAAAAGGGUGAGGGGGUCGGGGGGGUGCCACCGCUUCCGCGGGGCGGCUGCUUUCCUCCCCUCGGAGGAGGCCGGUGGAUGCCGGAAGCAAAACGGCCAGGGAGUUUUGCCCUCUGGGGCUGGAGCUGCCCACACCGGGGCUGCUUGGGGUCCCCACAGUUCGGGCAGUCACUAUCCGGAGGGGACGGGGGGUCUGGGGACACGGUGCUGGGGAUGGGCAGCACGGCACCGAACAGGGGGCAGCUGCUCGGUGCCCACAACCAGCCGGGCUUCCGGGGUUUGGUGUGUAACCGCGCCGCGCCCGCGCCGGGGAGGGAAAACCUCUGCUUCCUCAGCAGCGGAGCCACCAGUGCUCAGCGCCAGCCUCGAGAAACGCUUUGGGAGUGUUUACUUGCUCCUUGUUUUUAAUUAUCGGCCCCGGAGGCCCUUGGAGAGCUGCUGGAAAAUUGCUCGGCUCCCUGGUUUGGGCUCGGCUUCCUCCUCCGGGCCUUGCCCCGCCACAGGGAACAGCGAGGGCCACUCGGUGCCAGCCCCCGUCCCCGCUCCGCUUCCCGCUCCCGGCAUCGGGGCACCUAAAAUUGUCAGUGGGAGGAGGAGUGGGACCCGGGCUCACCGGAGGCUGAUCCCACUGGGAGCGGGAAAGGCUGUGUUAGCUCCGAGGUGGGGUUUGACCUCCCCGGGGUCCCCACUCAGGGCUUGGCCCAGCCGGGCAGGGGACCCUCCUGCCCUCCCCAGCUUCUCGCAGCUCCUGCCGGCGUGGGACCGGGAUAAAAUAAAGAGCCCGGCUGUGGAGCAGCUGUGCUGGGUGAUGCCAGGCCAACCCUCAGCCGUGCGUGACCCCGCGCUCUCCUCCGGCUCCCGUUACGCUCGCCCGGCGGAGGUUUGGGCACAUCGGGAGAGUCGGGCGGUUUGCUGCAGUCGGGGACGUUUCAGGGCGGGGAUCUCGCUGAGAUUUAGGGGAUCUGAUAAUUCCUCCCACAGGCAGAGCUCGGCGUGAGCUUGGGUGAGGGUUUGGGAGCUGGUGGGUCCAAGCCUGGCUGAUCUUUGAGGGUCGGUAGGAGACAGCAGCUCUGCUCCUGCCUCCCUUUGCGACCGUGCUUCCCUGGCCCCCAAAAAUAUCGGCGUGGGAACGACGUCCCUCGGUCACGGCUUGGCGUUGCCGUGUGGUUGCGGCAAGGACGACGGCAUCACAUCAUCUUGGAGCUGCCGUGAUUAGCAAAAAACUUAAUUGGCAAAUGCUUUUCCUUUGGGUCAUCUCACGCUGCUUCACGAGCCGCCGCAGGGGCACGCAGCCGACCUGUUUCCAAAAACCAGCGGCGUAGAAGCAGAGUCCUGGUGCUGCCAGAGCUGGAGUUAUCCUGGCUGCUGGCACCAGCUCUCCUUCCGAUGAAUCCUUAUUAAAGGAUUUAAAGCACGCUCAUUCCGGUUACAAAGCCGCCCAUGGCCCGUAUUGUUAUUUUUUUCAUCGCUGCCUCUCUGGGUCAGGAGCGGGCCAUUUGUGGGGCCGCUGCCUGGGCUGGUUUUGAGGUCCCUCUCCGAACCCCCGUUCCUCGUGGAUGCAGCACUGUGACAAGUCUCUGCCCUCAUCCCACCGACCAGGACCCGGGUCAGAAACAGGAGACGCAUCCAGCA